AAAACGAAAAAUUAUGAGUAUCCUUGGAACCUGAGCAGGCUUGGAGUGUGGUGUUACAUCCAUAGCUUAGUUUCCAGUUAAAUUCGAUUACCGGACAGUUACGUAUAUCAACCGAAAUGGAUAAAUUGGUCACCAUGAUGAUGGACAAACGUGAAUCUCGCUUUACGGUCACCGACAGCAUGACCAAGUUGGCUUUGACCCGACUGGACACGAUUUGUAACUCAGAGGACAAGGAGAAGACCAUUAUCAAGAUCCUUCUGGCAAUGGAGGAAAAGUUUCGUAUCUAUUUUGAGGCUAAUCAAAAGGAACUGGAGCUGCAAAGGAUCGCUGCCCAGACUUUGUGGCACUUGGUGCAGCGCUACCAAAUCGCCGUGCAAGUGGACACCAGUUGCAUGUGCCCGAAGAUUUACGAAAUCGAGACUGAGGAUGCCAUCAUCAACAAAUAUCAUAUGCAUUAUCAGGUAAUUGUGGGCUCCAACAAGAGUCAGCAUAUUGGCAUCCAUGCUUUGAGGCCCUUUGUCCUGGCCUUUCGCCGCGAAUGCGCCACACUGGACUUGGAAGAAGAGACGCCUUUUAUUCUAGGCGAUGCUUUUCACAAGCCAAUUACUUUCUUCAUUGAUUUGGUGGACGAGAUCUUUAACUACUUCUACAGUGGUCAUUUGCAGCUGGAGUGUGCCGCCCGUAUGCUAGAUCCCGCUGACCUCAAAAGCCUGGAGUACUAUCAGAGUCUGCUGGCCCCCAAUGAGGACUUUGACGAGUACUUUCUGUACAACAUAAGUUUCUGCAAGUGCCUGAGGGCACCGCCCAAGUGCGUAUCCGUAGUCCGGGAAAGUUUCAAGAAGGAGAAGAAGGACAUCCUGGAGGCCUAUGUGACGAAGGCCAAGCAGGCGCGUUGUGCCCGGCGCAUUGCCAAGAUGUCAAAGCCAAAGGCCGAGGUUGUAGUCCCGAAGCGUAGGAUCUCGCUUUUCAAUAGUCCUUCCAGUCAGAAGAACUCGUUGAGCCUCAGGGAAUCCCUCAACUCUCUAUAUCAGCGCCAGCGAAGCCUUAAAUUUCUGUUGGGCAACGUUUUGAGCGUUCAUCAUAUUAAUUAAUCCGAUCCAAUCGAAAUUCCUGUUUAAUUCAAUUAAAUACACAAAGCGAGUCAGCUGAUGGCCCUUGAGCUCUCGUAUGAACUGGA